CCCAUUCGUCGCUAUGUCCUCCGCGUUCAACCCUUCCGAUGUACUGUCCGGUAUCAUAAACGAUGCCGCUUCGGCCAUUGAGAGACGCAACACCGGUCUGAACUGGCACUGGCUCGAUGUCAGGAACAACAUAAUAGACCUGGUGACACGCACCAUCGGACUUGGUCUAUUCACAUCUAUCGCCGUUGCAUUGCUGUACAUCGUCAUCUCGAGAAAGUGGAGAGAUGGUGUGACGGCACUCAUUCUCAUCACCGUCCUCCCGGACUGCUUGUCCCAGUUCACCGUAUGGCUCGCGGUUCUUUCUAGGCUUGCGCAAACGUACUCUUUGAUGCGCGCCAGCAUACUCGACAUCGGCGUUCUGGCGGAAAGGAUCUCCGCGUGCGCGAACGACCCGCAAUGCGAAAAAACAAUGGCAUAUGCUCUCUGGAACAGCAAGCCCGAGUACACGGCCAACGGUUGCGUCGGUACCGCGUUGAUAGCUUCUGACCGAAUCUUGCACGCCGCGGUGAUCUGCGGCGCAGCUGUCGUCUUUCUGCUCAGUGCUAAGCGACUAGGGGCGGUGACCGGAUUGCUCUUGUUCGCCCCGCUCGUGGCGGCCUGUGUCUCCGCGGUCAUGCACGUCAAGCGCGUCUGCCGCCCGGACCCUAUCGUGGUCCCUGGAGCCACCUUUCUGAGGGUUUCUACCCACUGGGAGAUAUUCCACCCGAAAGGGAUAGACCCCACCACGACGCGAUUGUUGCAGCUCACGAGCGCGGUAGCGCUGCUGCUCAUCGUCCAUUACUUUUGGACGAACCGCGGAGCGCUCAAGCUGUUCCUCAAGGACGGUCCCAAACGCGGUCAGUUCACCUACUGGGUGGUUGUGACGUUCGUACUGCCUAUGUGCGUGAACAGGGGGUGGUAUUUGUUGAGAGGCGCAUACCGCCCUGGGCCAAACAUGCUGGUCCUCCAGUAUGCCUUCUUCUCCGCAGGCGAUGCGCUCCUCGUCCCGCUCAUGGUCAUCUACCCUGGGAUCGCCCAGCUGGUGCAGAAGAUAUGGAAGGAACGCAAUCCCGAAAGCGAUCCAGUCAUCCCUGCCCCGGAGAAAUGUGACGCGCUAGCUGCUGUUGAUGAUGCUGAAAAGAACGAGCCGGUGUUGUGAGCGGAUGACGAUUCGCAGGACCAAUUUCUAUACAUGUGGGGAUUAAUGGACCACCCCUGGGCUCGUCAUUAACUGUGUCUUGCUUCCAUGCCAUGAACAAAGUAGAGGACUCUGCUUCUUGUACAAUUGAUCGAUGAUAUUUAUGCGUCCCUCGAUAUUAUGAUUCGCUUGUGGCAAUAUCCCUGCUCGACUUCGGGUUUGGUCCUUGCUAGAUCAGCGCGGUGGUAGAUGCCCGCGCACCUUCAGCUUAACGAUA